UUCUCUCUUAACGCAUUUUCAAUAAGAACACUGUGAUCGUAACGAGAUGUGGUUUUUGAGUGUGUGAAAAAAAAAAAGUGUGAUUCUGCCGUGUGACAAGCGAGACUGACGUUGUGGACACGAGCGCUGGCACGCAACGUAUCGUCUCGCAGAUCUCCACUGGCAUGGAGCUAGGAGCGCACUGAUAGCGUUAGUUUACGAGAUCUUGGUUUCUAUGCAUUGCCUGCCAAAGAAGAACUGAGCCCAAUGUUUCCACACAAUUCUAGUUCACAUGAGAUUUCUACAGAAACAAAUGCCUUCGUACAAAAUUCCAUGGGGGAUGUAGUAGUAUUAGAGAAAAGCAGUCUGGAUGGGGUGGGGGAAGGGGAAGGAUCAGAGCACACUAGGUACUGUGAUAUCGAAUCGAUAGCAAACAGCAGCAUGAUGGCAGCACCUAUUAGCCAUCCCGAAGCUACCGCCGCCAAUGACUUUUCAACCGUCCUGCUGANCCAAGCUGGUGAGUUCAACUCAACCGGCAUAGGUAAGGCCUGCCAGUCAGUGGCGCCAGCAACCACAAAAUACCCAACAAAUCACCCUCAAAUCUGCGAUAAUAAUAAUAAAAUAAAUAAUCACAACAAUGCAGAACAUAAUCAUCACAAGUACAGAAAGCAAAACACACCGGGCUUGCUUGGUCUGCAGCUGGGCAGCUCCGCCAAUAACUCUAAGUCUACUUGUAAGACAUUAAGUGAUAAUAAGACUAGCUUUAGUACUGUAUACAUUAGGGUACAUAUAAGAGUAAGUGUAAAUUUUGAAAGGGACGAAAUGUGUUACACCGUUGGGGUACCUAGCCUAGUUAGGAUACCCAAGUCUGAUAGUCCCCAACGGUUGUUACGCCUCCCUAACUCUGAUGACAAUUACUCCUUACUAGGGUCCUGCCUUGACCUAGGCGACAACAAUAAAUUUAAGGCUAAUUUUAGUUAUAUAAGUAAUAACAACUCCAAGUCUGUGAUAUUGCUCAGCUCAACCAGUUACAGUAACCAUUACCUCCUCUUUAGUGGUGGCUUUGACAAGAUAGCUGCUGUUAUCCCGGUACUUUGUAUUAAAAGGGACGAUUCUACCACCACAUCGAAUAGAAUGAAACUACUAGGUGAUAAGUACGCCCUAGUUACCAGUUUUGCUCAGAUCUCUAGACUGCUUGCAAACGAUAGAAUUCUGGAUGAUUCUAACUCCGACAUCCGAGUUUCACUGAGCCGCCGAAUAGUACGACACCUCUUGGAAACGCAUUUGAAUGUCAUCACUUUAGUACCGGUGUCUGUUCACGCUCAGAAUUUCGCGAUGUACGCCGCAAGUUCUUCCAUUACGCUUAUCGUUUCCAGAAACGAAGUAAUUGACCACACUUUGCGAUCUUUCCUGAAAAAUCUCACACAACUAUAUGUACAAUCUUCUAUUUCUCCAUUAUGUAAUGUCACUGUGACCGAGCUGAUGCAACACAUAUGUGUUCCACUAUUAAUAAUAUGUAAAAGUAAUGAUUACAACGUUGGUAAUAAUUAUAAUGAAUAUUAUAACGAGUACAGUAACGUUGGUAGUAUUGAAGAAGAAAUUAAUAUUAGUAAUAAUAAUCCAGAUGUUAUCGGAGACAUUGUUGACAUCGCUGUGUGCUACAAGACUAGUGUAAUGACUACUAAUGUUAGGAUCUUAGGGUCUCAAAAUGAUGGUAUUAGUUGUACCGAAGCAACAAUAUAUACUGUUGGUGCUCUUUUAUUUCAGGAUAACAAUAAGCCUCUAAACACUUGUUUUAAGAUUAGUAGAUAUAGGGGAUUGGUCACUACCGAUCGCGAAUCUAACUCUACCAUUAAGUCUGUAUUUAGGUCUAAGUUAAGCGAUAAGUGUAGUAACGUUAAGUUUGAAACAUCUCAUGCCGCUCGACUUGACGAAUCUGACAACAGUAAGCAAGUUAAGUUGACUGUCAACAUUCCUAUAAUGACUACCUGCAAGCCUACGAUGACGCUUACAUGCCAAUCAGCCACCGUCGCAUCCCAAACAAUUGUUGUACCUGUAUCUCGGGCGGAGAGUCGCACGAACGACAAUGAAAUGCGAUUGGAAUAUUUCAAUAUACUCCAAAAUGACCAAAUAUGUAUCCAAUAUAUGUUGCUAAGUCAUACAGAUGAUCUUAAUAAGAAUGACUUGUGUCGUUAUGAUGCAACUAAAUUUAAAGAUGCGCAAAUUUAUGCUAUUGACAAGCUCAAGGCUACUACAACAUCGAAAGAUGACGCUCAGUUGAUCUGCAAAUAUCACCGAGAUAUUCUUAAACUUUACGACCAAAGUCGUAAAAACGAUGACGAUAAUGCCAUCAUCUGCAACGGCAACGAAGAUUUCUCUCUAUCGACUACGAUAUGGCACUUCCUAAAGAUGUAUGUGCGUGUAUUAGUUUCUAAUUGUCGAAGAAUAUACGAGACGAACAGGAACGAAUACGAAGUUAAUCUGCGUCGACUACGAUCUAUCUUGGACAUCCUAAUUUGCAAAUCCUAUGUCUCAGAGUUGUAUGAAAAUUACAACGAGCCUAUUGCAAGUUACAAGCAACGUUGGGGUAUACCAAUAGGACUGCGGUUGGUAGGAGGUGGAGAGAGUUCCUUGAACAGUGGAGGAGCUGCAAAUUGGGGAACAACACAAGCCACUACACCGAAUAACAAUAAUACGAAUCAGAGUGGAUGGGGUGGUACACCCGGAAAUCCACCCGGUAGUGCUAAUGCGCCGAACAAUUGGGGCGGAAACACUGUCAAUCGAUCUGUUACUGGUAAUCCAAAUCAAAAUCAAAAUCAAGGACCACCUGGAAACCAAAAUAAUCCAGGUAAUGUGAGUAAAGUUAAUAAUCCCAAUCAACAAUCGAAUCAACAAUCUGGUCCACCAACGUCUCAAUCAAAUAACCCUACCCAAGGGAAUCAGAAUAAUAACCAAUGGUCUCAGGGAAAAUCUAAUAAUCCAAGUGGUCUUGGGCAAAAUCCAUCAGUGCAAAAUAAUAAUAGUAGUGGCGUUCAACAGCAGCAAUCUUCAGGUUCAAGUGCGAACAAUAAUCAGUCCAAUAAUCCUACCCAAGGAGCUGUAAGCAUUGGCAACACAUCAACGACUAAUAAUCCGUCUACGAAGCAACAACUCGAACAACUCAAUACAAUGAGAGAAGCGCUUUUCAGUCACGACGGUUGGGGCUGUCAAAACGUGAAUCAAGAUACAAAUUGGGAUGUCCCAACAUCUCCUGAGCCAAGCAUAACUAAGGAUGGUGUACCGAUAUGGAAACCACCGGUGAACAACGGUACCGAUUUGUGGGAGGCGAACCUGCGUAACGGUGGACAGCCGCCGCCUCAACAGCAAACGAAAACACCGUGGGGACAUACUCCCGCGACUAACAUCGGUGGCACUUGGGGCGAAGAUGACGAAACGGCAGAUUCAUCCAACAUGUGGACCGGUGCACCAACGCAAUCCCAGCCGAGCGCAGCUCAGUGGACUGGUGCUGCCGGUAAUCAAGCCGGAUCCAAUUGGGGCGAUCCCAGAAUAGACCAUAGAGAUCCACGGGACUUACGGUCUGUAGAUCCACGAGAAAUGCGUGAUCCUCGAGAUCACCGUAUGUCCUUAGAUCCUCGAGAUCAUAUGCGUGUAAUGGAUCCUAUGGCACGUGAUCCGCGAAUGGCCGACAUGCGUGGUGAUCCACGUGGAAUAUCAGGACGAUUACAUGGAGCGAACGCGGACGCCAUGUGGAAUCAACCACCUGGACCGCCCCAUCAUCAGAUGGGUCACCAGCAUCCAUCCGGUCCGCCAGCCAAGAUGCUUAAUCCGUCAAACAUGAAUCAAUGGGCCGCACAACCGCCAAAGGACAUUAUGCCCGGCAAACCGUCCGGUUGGGAAGAACCCUCGCCGCCGACGCAACGACGUAAUGUGCCCAAUUAUGAUGAUGGGACUAGCCUCUGGGGAAAUCCAGCUGCUAAUCAGCGUGCAAUGCCAGGUAGCAAGGUUUCACAUUGGAAGGAUAUACCUGCACCGAACUUAGCUCGUGGAGGUAUGCAAUGUCCACCAGGUAUGCCUCAGAACAGAAUGCCAGGUCAACCUGGAAUGAAACCAGAUGUAAGUAAUCCCAUGUGGGGCCAUCCUGGGGCUCCAGGCGGACGCAAUGGAACAUGGACAGAUGGGCCUCAUGAUACUGCAUCUUGGGACGAUCCUAAGACACCGGCUACGUGGAACGAACCUCCAUUAAAUCCAGGUUGGGGUGGUCCAACUGCGCACAAGCCAAAGCCUAUGGGACCUGCCGGUAGCUGGACCGAUUCUGAUAUGGAUCCAACUCCUAGCUGGGUACAUUCUGCAAAACCUACCUUAACAAAAGAAGUUAUUUGGAACAGUCGUGAGUUCCGUUAUCUUUGCGAUUUAGGAUUUAAGAAAGAGGAUGUCGAGAUAGCAUUAAGAAAUCGAGAAAUGAACCGAGAAGAGGCAUUAGAACUUCUCAAUCAAAUACGUCCUGUCGAUCAGUGGAGACGUCACGAGACACAUUCAGGUUACGAUCCAACUCAUCAAGCAACUACUACGCCAGCCUAUCCUCGAUUCAAUCAUGUCGGACAACAGAUGUCAUUCCCUCCGGGUGGCGGAGUGCCCAGUGGGGCAACCAGUGGGGGCGUAGGUGGUUCUGUCACCAGUGCUAGUCUUCUCAAGCUUCAGCAACAGCAACAGCAGCAGACAGCUGUUCCGCUACAGCAACAACAGCCAAGUACCAAUACGCCACAACCCCCUUUCAACCAGGCAUCUCGUGCAUCACAGAAUCAGCCAAGCACUCAGCAGUUACGGAUGCUUGUACAACAAAUUCAACUAGCAGUGCAUGAAGGAUAUUUGAACCAUCAAAUCUUGAAUCAACCAUUGGCUCCUCAAACUCUGAUGUUAUUGAAUCAACUACUACAACAAAUUAAAGUCUUGCAGCAAUUACAUCAACAACAUGCUGUUCAAAACACAAUGAAGGGAAGCAAUCAGUCGGCGCUGCAAAUUAGUGUUCAAAUCACGAAAACCAAGCAGCAGAUCACCAAUUUGCAAAAUCAAAUUGCAGUACAGCAAGCAACGUACAUGAAGCAACAACAGCAACAUCCGGCUCCUCCAUCGCAGGCAUCGGAAUAUUACAAAUCUUCCGUACAUGAUCCAAUGACAGCUCUACAAAACAGUUUCAGCGAUAUAUCAAUGAACAAAGAGCCUCCGGUUAGUCAGCAACAGUCAAGAUUGAAUCAAUGGAAGCUACCAUCACUUGAUAAAGACGGUGAUUUGGUAUCGAACGAAUUUUCUCGUGCUCCCGGAACUACUAGUAAACCGCCCGCAACACCUGGUGGUUUGACUCAGUCACAUAGUAGUCCGAAUAUGAAUCCCUUGCUAGGUCAAGGAGAUGGUACAUGGUCUUCACGACUCGGCGACAGCGGCUGGCCUGAUCCAAGUAACAGCGAUUCAACCGAUGGAAAGGAUUGGCAACCAGGUGGUGCUGCAUAUACUGAUCUCGUACCAGAAUUUGAACCAGGGAAGCCAUGGAAGGGUACCCAGAUAAAAAGCAUCGAGGAUGAUCCUAGCAUCACUCCCGGCUCCGUAGUACGUUCUCCAUUAUCCCUGGCCACUAUCAAGGAUACCGAUACGAUCUUUUCAUCGAGCAGCAAAACAUCACCGCCACCGCAAGCAGCUAAUCCCGAUACAUCGAUCCCAAGUCUAAGUAACUCUACAUGGACAUUUAAUCCACCAGUUACCACACCUAGUGCGUUUACUAGCACUUCCAAAAAUACAUGGGGAGAAUCCGCUCCUCCGCCUACUGCUGUGACUUCGGAACUAUGGGGUGCACCGAUGAGUAAAGCACGCGGUCCACCUCCUGGUUUAAGUAGUAAAGGAGCUACGAAUGCGAGUAAUGGUUGGGGUGCUGGCUUAGGAAGUGUUAGUAGAUCGUCUAGCUCGUGGGGCCUCCAGUCAUCCACUGUCAGUAAUUCGGGUUGGAUGUCCACCUGGCUUCUAUUGAAAAAUCUUACUCCACAAAUAGACGGCUCUACUUUAAAAACAUUAUGUAUGCAACAUGGACCGGUUCAAGACUUCCGUCUCUAUCAGAAUCAUGGAAUCGCUCUGACAAAAUAUUCCUCUCGCGACGAAGCAAUCAAGGCUCAGGGAGCCCUAAACAAUUGCGUCCUGGGUAACACAACGAUAUUCGCCGAGUCGCCUGCAGAAAGCGAGGUUGCUGCAAUUCUUCAGCAACUCGGUCAUGGCGGACAACAGCAGGCUGGCGGUUCCGGAGGAGCCGGUUGGGGCCUUAGACCAACUAACAAAGCUGGGCCGCCGCCCGACACAUGGGGAGGCAGCUCUAGUCAACUCUGGGGCGCUCCGCCCACCAGCAAUUCCCUGUGGAGUAACGCGGGAAUUGACAACAGCGAUCAGCAACGAGCAACUCCCAGUUCUCUUAACUCGUACUUACCGGGAGAUCUUUUGGGAGGUGAGUCGAUGUAGAGAACGAGAGGCCAUCCGCCCGAAAUCUCAUCAGAUAAUUGAAAAAUUCACUUGCUUAUUACGCAAGUCCAGAUAUGCAGCUCGGCUGACGCAAACUUCGUGAUCGAAUGCGUAUUACUUCCCUUCUGAUCCCCGCCUCUCAUUCCUUUAAGAUUACACGGUUACAUUUUGUAUAUCUUAGUAUUAUCAUGUAUUGAUCAGUGUCUUUGGCUAAAGCGGAUACGAGAUGUGUCUGCUUUUGUAAUCAUUGAUGAUAGAAGAUGAGCAUGAGAGAGGAUGAGGGAAUGGGAGGGGGAGCUUAGAGAGUGAUAGAGAUGGUAUGAAAGAAAAAGUGAAAGAGAGAGAGAGAGAGAGAGAGAAAGAAAGAGAGAGAGAGAGAGAAAGAGAGAGAGAGAGAGAGAGAGAGAAUGAGACGGACGAGGUCUUCACGAAACGUCAAUUAUAUUGCUAAGAAACGCAAUUACUAUAACGAGUUACUUAACAAAAAUAUUACUACCCUCGUAUCCGCCUUGAGUAGAACACGCGUAAGCAAAAAAAAUCGCAGCGGCAUACAGCCAAAUCGUGCGAUAAAUAUCUAAUUUUACAUGACAAACUACACUCUACACACAUAACACAUUCAUAAAGAACACUCGACAAAAAAGAAAGGUACUUGCAAAUAUGAAUUUUACGAUCGCGUCAUUACUCCGAGGAGAUUUACGGAUUGCGGAAGAUAAGUUGGACCAACUGCAACGGUCUCUUCAUUAACAUAAUGGUGCGUGUAUUGCGUGCGAUUUGCCACGAUGUAUAACGACGAAGUGGCGUUCUCGUCGUUCCAAGCCAAUCUAGUAAGAAUUUCUAAUCUGAAGAUAACGCAUAGAAGAAGGAAGAUGAAAAAAAAAAGAACUAUUCGCGCUCCCUGCCAUUUUACUGUGAAUGGCGGGCGCUUUUCAAUGAAGAUUUAUCGGCCAAGGGUCUCUGAUCAGGUCAAAGAGUGUUCCAUUUUUUGCUGGACAGUUCUGAAGACUGCAGCGAGUAUCAAACGUAGACUGUAUCAAUCUAAUCAAAAGAAAGAAACCUUAAAAAACAAGCAUUGACGUCGCUGCCUGGUGUUCUGCCCCGAUCCCCACUCCCUACUGCACUCUCCGGACCCCCCACGAAUGUGGAAGAAACGAGGAAUGCAGGGAUAUCAGAUCAACUGGGCAACGACGCAACGAUACCAAAUGUUAUCGCAAUAACGUAAAUUUUAUUCUAUAUUAAAUCUAGAUGCCACCUGUCGUGCCAAUGUCCAGUGUGUCUCUUUACCAUUUAUUAACGUAGAGUUUAAAUGAAGAAAAAAAGAAGAAAUACGAAAAAAGGAACGGGGGAAAAACGGUAAGAUGAAGAUUAGAGGACAAGGGAAGACCGAGAAGUGCUGAUGAAAUGGCUAAUAAAUCGAUUGAAAGUCGGGUCGUGUUUACAUUAAAGUAAACAUGAAGACGAGUAAUGAACACUACGUACUGAUUACCCGUACGUAGCAUAUUACGCUUCUCAUUAGUGAUGUUCGAAUUCGAGGAAUCACAAUGAUCCGCGUAAGAUCGCAACGCGAGUAAUGGCGAUGUUACGAAUGUAUGGCAUUUAUUACGGGCGCAUUGCGGAGCUCGGUCUAGGAUGAAUUAAAUUAGUUUUUCUCUUCAACGUCAAAGGUACCUGAACGGACUGAUAACCAAACGACGAACAAGCGAACCGUUAUUUACUCAUGCACAACAAUUUUGUUUUUACUUUCCGCUUCUCCGUGUCGGUGAAGUGUUUUGGGAACGUUUCGCAAUCAAUCAUUGGCGCAACCGCGAACGACGUGAAAGAGACGGCUUUUUUUCCUUCGUGAACUGAAAGAGGUAGAAAAAGAGUAAGAGAUAUAUAUAUAUAUAUUACAUAUGUAAAUAUAUAAAUGAAAUUAGAAGGAAAAAAAGAAACAAUCACAGGACGCUGUUCAGCGAGACGCGCGCAAUAAAAGUGAACAAUUACAUAUACACACACGCUGAUCAUACACGUUUGCCACGCAUGACUGAACCUGCAUGCUUGCAAAUGUCAAACACGCCAAGCUAAGGAAACGUAACAUAGUAGCAUUGGUCGACAAUGAUUCCACCGCUUCCAUGCGAUCGGUCGAUCCUCGCGGAUACCGGACCACUAUAUCCUUUGGCGUAUUAGUAAAUCAAAAAAGCAUUGGGAAUUUUUAUAUUUGUUGCCUUCCAAGGAGGAAGAAAGAGAAGAGGGA